ACAGCUUGACUUUGAACUCAUACCACUACUACUGUAAUGUCUACAAACAACCCGCCACUAGGGGAAGGAGAAAUAUCUCCUACUUCACCAAUUACCUCGCCUGCUGAAGAAUCCGAUACCCAUCCAAGUCAACCAGAACCCCCAGAACCAACACCUGGUUUGGAUGGCACUCCCGUUCGUUGGUACGAUGCCGAUCGUACAGAAUCGUAUACCAAAAUUGAGCCAUUUCAGGAAAAACACGAUACAAGCGUGGAGUUCUUCUACAAACCAAUUACACUGACAGUCCUUAGUGUUGCUUUCGCGAUCCUGGCCUACAUUGCCACUACACAAGAUGUCUUGGAGGAAGGACGAGAUAAGCGGCGCGUUGGUGCCUACGCUGCGAUAGCCUCGUUCCUACUGUUUGGAAUCAUCCAAUUCCGUGAUGGACCAUUCAUUCGUCCUCACCCAGUUUUCUGGCGUGCUGUCCUCGGCGUCAACCUACUAUAUGAACUGGCAUUGGUAUUCUUGCUGUUCCAAGACCUCGAUUCCGCUCGCAAAAUGAUGACAUACCUUGACCCCAACCUCGGUAAACCUCUUCCGGAAAAGAACUACGCUGACAACUGCGAGUUUACGGCCCGCAAUGUCUGGGACGCGAUAGAUAUCUUCUGCCUGGCACAUGCUCUAGGCUGGUUUGGAAAGGCUCUCAUAUUGCGCGACUAUUGGUUCUGUUGGAUCCUGAGCGUUGCAUUUGAGUUCGCGGAGUACAGUCUGCAGCAUCAAUUACCCAACUUUGCGGAGUGCUGGUGGGACCAUUGGGUUCUGGACGUCCUUGUUUGCAAUUGGCUUGGCACUUAUCUAGGCAUGAAGACCUGUCAGUUCUUUGAAGUGAAGCACUACACCUGGAGAGGUCUCCGACAAACCCGCGGACUACGCUCCAAAACACGUCGCGUCAUCUCGCAGUUCUCACCUGCAGACUGGACAACGUUCAAGUGGGAAGGUACCACGGAUUUCAUGCAUUACUUCACGGUCGUUGCUCUGCUUGCUGUUUUCCUGGCUGCGGAGCUUAAUCCCUUCUAUCUCAAGACGUUGUUAUGGAUGGAACCUGACCAUCCUUUCGUAAUCGCUCGCCUGGCAGGAGUUUUUCUCUGCGCUCUACCUGCGGUGCGCGAAUUAUACCAAUACGUGAACAAUCCAAAAAAAGCGGUCCGUAUGGGUCAACAUUGCUGGCUCCUUCUUGCGACUAUCGGUACCGAGGUUCUUGCAAUCACAAAGUGGAGUAAGGGUCAAUUCCCUGAACCCUUACCGGUAGCGGUGAAGUGGGCAUGGAUCAUAGGCGCCACCCUGUUGAUUCUAUAUCCAACUGUUCGGUUUGGGAUACCCAACAUAAGGAGAUAUCUGAGGAAGCACCAAUGGAAGACCAAAUCGAAGGGUGCCACUAUUUCAGUGCCUGCUUCUCUUGGAUUCCCCUCUGUCAAGCUCCCUUUCUGUUGCAGGCUUAGGCUGGCUCUGCAAAUACUCAACGUUACUAUGCGAACGGUCAUUGCGCUACUUAUCCUCGCCAACUCAGGAGAUAUCAGUUAACACCGAACUAAGGACGCAUUGCCCCUGACCGAACGGAAGCUUCGAGCUUCUAAACUCUUUCGUCAGGAGGGGUAAUGUUGACAUUCCAUGCUAACACGAACUGAGAACCUAGGCUUCGUUGUGCCAACCAGAACCUUACUUCCCCUAGUUCUUCGAAUUCGAAUCGUCUCUCGGGCUGUUUAGCAGUUCCAGAACACCGAUGUUAGACAACAGUGUUUCCUCCCAAGCUUUCGGCCAACAACCUUCCGAUCUUUGCCCGUCUCAUGACUUCGUCCUGGGAAUCGGUCAACUGCAUCUGUUGAUCUCUUCAAACUCAAACUUCAAGCUUCGAGGGCAUAGGGUAAGCAGUCGCUUUUGUUCGCGCUUGUCGCGGCCUCUAGGCGUCUCUUCAGGAUAGUCACUUUAGCUCUAACCAACACGUUCGCCGGCGGCGCCGUCGAGCGACACAACGGAGAUAACGCUCUCGAACUCGACGACUGCAAUCUAGACAUCGCAAUCUGAGCGAAGACGUCACACUGUACCUGACACGCACUGGUGCCGAAAGGUGACGAUCGGGCCUUUGCGGCUGGUUGUGGAGAUAGAGAGUCCCAUCGUCGGUUUCCAAAGGAGUUGAAAUGAUGAUGAAAAGCGGUUUAUGCCUUUUGCCUUCGGCUACGGAUGUAUCGCAGGCGGCAUGGCGCAUCGAGAGUGAUCGUGAGGAUCGCGAUGAUCUUGAUCACAUUGAGGUCGCCGAGUAGAUCGUGGACCCUCCGAUCAUAAUAAAGUAGAAGGCCGCUUAAACCCCCCU